GACGAGGCAGAGCGUCAUGACUAGCAGGACGCUUUGUGGUAGGAAGGAUACCCUACAUGCAGCACAAAAUGCAGCACAGUAGCGAUUCCUCUAAACAACUUUCUUGCACGAUACGUGUCAGAAUUCAGCCAUCAGAGUGUAGCGCGUAGCCAACGAGCCAACAUAAUAACCGCUUUUUUUUAUUUUUUUUUUAUUUCAUCUACUAAAGUGACGCCGGAGGAGCGCUUUCUGCGCUGCACUGUCCAUCCGACAGAACUAGUCCAGACAUGAGUAACGUUAAUCUGAUGUUUUGGGACCAGUUGCAGGCUGGCAGCUCCGAAGUGGACUGGUGUGAAGGCAACUACCUUAUUUACCCCAGCAUCGCCGAAUUUUACAACACGAUCAGCAACAUUUUGUUUUUUGUUUUGCCACCGAUAUUAAUGUGCUUGUUCCGCCAAUAUGCAACACAUUUCAACAGUGGGAUUUACCUCAUAUGGAUACUACUAGUUGUGGUUGGUAUUGGAUCAACUUAUUUUCACGCCACCCUCAGCUUUCUUGGCCAAAUGCUGGAUGAGCUGGCGAUUUUAUGGGUUCUCAUGUGCGCCAUUGCCAUGUGGUUUCCCAAGAGAUACCUGCCAAGGAUGUUCCGGAGAGAUCGAUCAAGAUUCAAAGUGGUCAUCGGCAUCUUGUCGGGGAUCACCACCGGGCUGGCCUUUGUUAAACCCGUCGUCAACUCACUGUCACUCAUGACUCUGGGCAUCCCCUGCACGGCACUGCUCAUUACUGAGCUCAAAAGGUGUGAAAACCCACGUGUGUUCAAGCUGGGCCUGAUCUCUGGGAUCUGGUGGGCGCUGGCGCUGCUCUGCUGGGUCAGUGACAGGAUACUGUGUGAAAUGUGGUCUUCUGUUAACUUCCCCUACUUGCACUGUGCCUGGCACAUCCUCAUUUGUCUGGCCUCUUACUUGGGUUGCGUUUGUUUCGCCUACUUUGACGUUGCAACCGAGGCCCCGGAACGAGGCCCCGUCAUAAUGUUCUGGCCUAACGAGAAAUGGGCUUUCAUCGGUGUGCCGUAUGUUUCCUUACUCUGCGUCCACAAGAAGUCAACUAUCAAGGUGACUUAAAGAGGGCCGAGUCCAGCAUUCUGCAGAUUCCCACCAGCAAGAUAUCACAGCAAUGCUGCCUCAGCUGGUGCUUUUUGUUGACAGGAGGAUGCACAUUUUAGCCAAGCGCAAGGACUUACCUUUUCCUGUCUUUACUUUGUGAUGAAGUAGUGUUUUAUGAGACUCUGGGGUAAAAUAUGUGUGUAAUAUAACACAGGUUACUCUGUAAAUAACAUCUCAAACCCAAGAAACCUCUACAGUUUUGUCAACAUAUUCUCAGGCUUUUCAUAAUGAGACAUCGUGUAAUGUAUUAAGGAUGAAAAUAUUUCUCUUAUGCAUUGAGACCACUUCAAGAGCAGAUUUAUGACAUUUCGUGAUGGUCU